AUGGUCAAGGCAGUUCGGAUGCACGAAGCCGGCGGGCCCGAGGUGCUGCAUUACGAGGAUGUCACGCUGCCCGAUCCCGGCCCCGGCGAGGCGCUGGUGCGCCACGAGGCGAUCGGCCUCAACUAUAUCGACGUCUAUCACCGCACCGGCCUCUACCCGGUGCCCUCGCUGCCCUGGCCCAUCGGCAUGGAGGGGGCGGGUGUGGUCGAGGCGGUAGGCGAGGGCGUCACCGAGGUCUCCGCCGGCAUGCGCGUCGCCUACGCCAGCCCGCCGCCCCCCGGCGGCUAUUCCGAGGCCCGUGUGAUGCCGGCGGGAUCGCUGGUGGAGCUGCCCGCCGACAUCAGCUUCGAGCAGGGCGCGGCGAUGAUGCUCCAGGGCAUGACCGUCGAGUACCUGAUUCGCCGCACCUACCCGGUGAAGGCGGGCGAGACCGUACUGGUGCACGCUGCCGCCGGCGGGGUCGGGCUGAUCCAGUGCCAGUGGCUCAAGCACCUGGGGGCGACGGUGAUCGGCACCGUGGGUUCCGAAGAGAAGGCGGCGCUCGCCCGCGCGCAUGGCUGCGAUCACCCGGUCAUGUACCGGACAGAGGAUUUCGCCGAGCGGGUGAUGGAGAUCACCGAGGGCCAAGGCAGCGCCUACAUCACGCGGCCCACCCUCUUCGGUUACAACGCGACCCGGCCCGAGCUUGAGGAAUCCGCAGGCGCCCUCUUCGACGUUGUGCGCUCCGGCGCCGUCAGAAUCGAGAUCCACCAGACCUACCCGCUCGCCGAGGCCGCUCAGGCGCAUCGCGACCUGGAGGCCCGGAAGACCACGGGCUCGACGAUCCUGACCCCCUGA